AGGCUAUCGAUGUUUUUGGCCACCCCUAUCAUUGUUCCAUCCCUAUACCUGGUCCUCGGAACUCAUAAAGUAUAAACAAUAAAAAACAGAUCCCCUUUUUGGAGCUAGACGUCUACUCAAAUCUGUCACCAUACACCGCCCCAAAUGGAAGACUCUCCCGGUGCUCCGACAGUCGAGAGUUCUCUGGGGGAUUGCGGGAACACCACGAUGCUGAACGGCAUCUACCACGAGCGGCAGACGAGGCAUUUGUGCGGCCUACACGCCCUGAACAACCUGUUCCAGAGUCCGGGAAUGUUCUCCAAGUCGGAGCUGGACGACUACUGCACCACUUUGACCCCGCGCAACUGGCUGAACCCACAUCGCUCGUGGAUCGGGUGGGGCAACUACGAUGUGAAUGUGAUUAUGUACGCCUUGCAGCAGAGGAAUUGCGAGACGGUGUGGUUCGACCGCCGGCGGGAUCCACAUUGCCUUAAUCUGAGUGCCAUCUUUGGCUUCAUCCUCAACGUUCCGGUGCAGAUGAGCCUCGGCUACUACGUCCCACUGCCCUUCCAGAUGCGCCACUGGCUGGCACUCCGGCGCAUCGAUGGGAGGUACUACAAUCUGGACUCCAAGUUGCGGGAGCCUAGGUCUCUGGGCUCCGAGGAGGAGUUCCUCGACUUCCUGGGCAGCCAGCUGCGAAUGGACCAAGAACCGGAGCUGUUCCUCAUCCUGAACGAAGAGGAGGACCCAACAGCCCAGAAGAACCAGCAACGUUGGCUGCUCCCCCACUUCAGGGAUUAAAGUUAUGGUUAUGUCAAUAAAGAUAUCAUGGUGGAACUAACAAUUAGCAGUUAUUUAAUUAAUUUAAGACAAUUAACCAAAAAGUGCCCUAAAGUUCAUGUAAAAUAUUUCAAUUUCCUCUUUUUACUCUUAGAAUUGAUUUAAUUUCAAUCAUCUUUGAAUUUGUUUUAUUAAGCAAUAACUAAUGAAUAAAUAUAAGUUCUUAUGUAAACCUUAAAAGUCAUAUUAAAAAAUGUCAAUCUAAGACCA